AUCUAUUACGUUGCCUUUUCCUGCCUUCUCUUCCGCCGUCUUUGUGCAGAAGUUUUCUCUGUUCUGUCUCCUCAGGGAAUUGAUUCGAGUAUCACCGUUUGAAGCUUAAGCGACGCUGUGGUGGGGAGAGGAUAUUCGACCUUUGCCGCCGGUGCCUCGUGCCGCCAUUAGUUCGGUUUCUUGCUAAGAUGGCUGAGGUGCUAGACAAUGACACUCUUGGGAGGGCCAAGCCUUCCACCGAACAGGAUAUUUCUGAUGAGUUAGAUCUUAAAAUAAAAAAGUACCUGAGAGGAGAAGGUGCGAAUUUGGAGGUUUUGACAGAUAAAAAACUGAAGGGCCAACUUUCUGUUAGAGAAGAGUUAUAUAGCAAAUCUGCUAAAGUUGCUGCCAAGGCGGAUAAGUGGCUUGUGCCCAGUGAGGGAGGUUAUCUAGAGGCUGAAGGCAUAGAGAAGACAUGGAGGAUCAAACAAGAGGCGAUAGCUAAAGAAGUAGAUAUCUUGAGCUCAAGAAACCAAUAUGAUAUCAUUUUGCCAGAACUUGGCCCGUACACAUUGCAGUUUACUUCAAGUGGCCGGUAUAUGGCUGUUGGAGGGCGUAAGGGCCAUUUGGGAAUUGUGGACUUGAUGAAUAUGAGUCUAAUUAAAGAGUUUCAGGUUAGAGAAACAGUUCGUGAUGUGACAUUCUUGCAUAACGAGCUGUUUUUUGCUGCUGCGCAGAAAAAGUAUCUUUACAUCUAUGACCGUGCUGGCACUGAGCUUCAUUGCCUUAAGGAACAUGGUUCUGUGUUAAGGCUUCAGUUUCUAAAGAAUCACUUCCUUCUGGCUUCAAUAAAUAAGUUUGGGCAGCUGCAUUAUCAGGAUGUUACGUUGGGUGCAAUGGUUGGUAAUAUUCGAACUGGUUUAGGUCGUACUGAUGUGAUGCAAGUGAACCCCUUCAAUGGGGUUGUUGCUUUGGGUCAUUCAGGCGGUAGAGUCACAAUGUGGAAGCCAACAAGCUCAGCUCCUCUUGUCAAGAUGUUGUGCCAUCAUGGUCCUCUCUCAGCUCUGGCUUUUCACUCAAAUGGCCACUUAAUGGCCACAGCUGGAAGAGACAAAAAAAUAAAGCUUUGGGACUUGAGGAAAUUUGAGGUUCUCCAGACACUACAUGGCCAUGCCAACACCUUGGAUUUUAGUCAAAAAGGAUUGCUUGCUUGUGGUACGGGAUCUUUUAUACAGGUUCUGGGUGAUCUUUCUGGUACGCAGAAUUAUUCAAGGUAUAUGACUCAUUCCAUGGUUAAAGGUUACCAAAUAGCAAAGUUAAUGUUUCGACCAUACGAGGAUGUUCUUGGCAUAGGGCAUUCCAUGGGUUGGUCCAGCAUUCUUAUUCCAGGAUCGGGAGAACCUAACUUUGAUACAUGGGUGGCUAAUCCAUUUGAAACCUCUAAGCAGAGGAGAGAGAAAGAAGUUCGCUCACUGCUGGAUAAGCUGCCGCCUGAGACGAUCAUGUUGGACCCAAGCAAAAUUGGUUCAGUAAAGCCUACACGGAGGGAGAAGAUGACAAGGAUGGAGAGGGAGGCAGAGAUAGAAGCUGCUGUUGAAGCUGCCAAGGACAUUGAAAUGAAGAAAAAAACUAAAGGAAGAAGUAAACCAAGCAAGAAGCUGAAGAAAAAGAAGGAAGCAAUUGAGAAAGUGAAGAGGCCUUUCUUGGAAGAAAACAUAAAGGAGGAAGCAAUUUCCAGAAAGAAACGAAAAAUGAGCGAGGAAGUUGGUUUACCAAAAUCUUUGAAGAGGUUUGCUGGUAGAAAACCAUCAACAUGAUCGUUUAGCCUCGAUUUUUAUUUUAUUCAUAUCUGAAAAAAUGGUUCCCUUCCUUGUGAUUUUUGGCCUUUCGUUAUGGUGUAUCGCAUGUUUUGUUCAUUCAUUUCGCUUUCACAAGAGGGUUGUAAUUUAAGGAGUAAUAGGUGGAAAGGUGAAAAGAAUCAAAUUCGACCUCGAUUAGCCUUCAAAUUUCAAAGUUUGGGGUCGGUUUUAUGUGAGUCGUUGUGUAUAUUGGUAAGUAGGCUCUCUCACCCUUUCCCUUUCGCCCCAUUUUAUGUAGUCAAAGAUGCCAAGUUAC